AUGGAUUCCUGUCACCUGCCCACCUCCGACCCUAACGUGAAACAAUUUGUCAUUCGAAGCAAAAGCAGCCACCUCGAACAGAACAAACAGAGCUGCUCAGACUCAUCCAAAAAAGCUCGCAUCCUAGUUAGUGUCGACUUUGGCACCACAAGUUCCUCAGUCUGCUAUGACGAUGGCGUCGUCGGUCAAAUACCACUAUCGGGUCAACUGCUGGCCAAGAAUAUAGUACGCCGCCCAGGAGCCGAAGCUCGCAUUAGGAUACCAUCAGCCGCGGUUGUAUUGAGAGACACCUCCAAGGACGGAUGCAAGAGAAUGGUGCUCAAGUUCGGCGAAGAAUUCGCAGGUCUUGAACCUUCCGAUCGCCUUCUUGCCAGAUUCGAGCUCAUGAAGAUGAGUUUGCUACCCCCACAUGAUCAGGCCCCAGGACGAGUUCACGGCGAAUAUGUUCAAGUCUAUUAA